UCUGGCCCGACUGCGCGCGAAAAGAAAGGUACGGAAGGUGCUAGUUCGUGAGCUCUUAUUCGCGGACAACGCAGCUCUGGUGUCUCACAGCGCAGCUGGUCUACAUCGCCUGAUGGACAGAUUCAGUGCAGCAUGCUCUGAAUUUGCACUGAUCAUCAACAUCAAAAAGACAGUUGUUAUGCACCAAGCAGGAAGCGCAGCGUCACCGGUAAUGGUCAACGAGCAUGUGCUGGAGACUGUUGACCAGUUCAUGUAUCUUGGCUCAACAAUCAGCAGUGACCUGUCGUUAGUUAAGGAGAUCCAGACUCGUAUCGGCAAAGCCGCAACGUCUUUCAGUCGUUUGCGCUCAAGAGCCUGGAGCAACAAAUACCUCACCGAGCGCACUAAGACACGCAUCUACCAAUGUUGCGUGGUCAGCGUCCUGCUGUAUGGUUCUGAGGCGUGGUCAACUUACGCGCGGCACGAAAGAGAGCUAAAUGCUUUUCACAUGCGGUGCCUGCGCAACAUCCUCGGGAUCACAUGGCGGGACAAGGUCACGAACGAGGCGGUGCUGGCGCGUACGGGCAGCAAGUCAAUGUUCCCAACACUGAAGGUCAGGAGGCUGCGGUGGCUUGGUCACCUUCGCAGAAUGCCAGAUGGCCGCCUGAUUAUGUCCAAAGGACAUCUUAUACAGCAAGCUGAGCGCUGGUUCCAGAGGCAGAGGACGACCACUGCUGCGCUUCAAGGAUGUCGUAAAACGUGA